AUGUCUUCCAGGCGUCCGAUCUACGUGAACCCCGCCGCUGCUAGCGAGCGAUGCGACUUUACGCCCUCCCCCGCCGUCGCCAAGUUUCACAAAUCGCUUCCCAACUAUGCACCUACUCCGCUUGUAUCUCUUCCAGAGCUUGCGGCUGAGCUUGGGAUUAAAUCAGUCUUUGUGAAAGAUGAAAGCAACAGAUUCGGUCUCCCCGCAUUCAAGGUCCUUGGUGCAUCAUGGGGCUCUUUCCGAGCUAUCGCGCAGCAUCUCGGAUUAUCGGCCACUGAGACCACCUUAGAAGAACUCGCAGUGAAGGCGAAGGCGAGCUCGAUGUCUUUAGUAACUGCAACUGAAGGCAAUCAUGGACGAGCCGUUGCUUAUAUGGCAAAGCUGCUCGGCAUUCCCGCCGAGAUAUUUGCGCCCCGGUCUAUGGAUGAGGACACGCGCAGUCGCAUUGCAUCGGAGGGUGCUCAAGUAACGCUUGUUCAAGGGGACUACGAUCAAGCUGUCGAGAAAGCUGCAGAACAAGCACAAGAUGAAACUGUACUCUUGAUCCAAGACACUGCGUUUGACGGGUACGAAGAUGUCCCCGCUUGGAUUGUGGAGGGGUAUUCUACGAUGACGAACGAGGCCGAAGAACAAUUAUCUCUGCUCGGUCUGACCGCCAACAUGAUGGUCACUCCUGUUGGAGUUGGAAGUCUUGCUCAUGCUGUGACGAGGCAUUGCAAAACCCGAGAUGUGGGCGUUGUUGCUGUCGAGCCCGACUCUGCACCUUGCCUAUCCUCUAGUCUCCGUGCUGGGAAGUCAAUUUCCGUCGGGACAACUGCGACUAUUAUGAAUGGAAUGAACUGCGGUACUGUAUCUACAACGGCAUGGCCAGACUUGCAACGCCUUGUUGAUGCCUGCGUGACUGUAUCAUCAUAUGAGAGCCAUUGUGCAGUUCAGUAUCUAACGUCGAAAUCAGUGCCUGCUGGGCCAUGCGGCGGUGCGUCCUUGGCUGCACUGCGACGCAUUUCUAAAGAAGCAUAUUCAUUGUUGAGCCAUGAAUCUGUCGUAGUGCUUCUCAGCACGGAAGGCGCACGGCAAUAUUCGAUCCCUAAGGAUGUGUCUGUCGAGGAUGCCGUGGGUCUUACUCAGGCGCUCACUCAAAUUGAUUCAUCCAACCCUACUUUAUCUGUCAGCGAUGGAGCGGGGGAAAGCGAAAUCGCCGACUACUUAACGGCAUGGUUUGCUCAUCGUGAUAUCGAUUCACAUCGUAUUGAGUCUGUUGCUGGUCGUCCCUCUGUUGUAGGUGUGCUUCGUGGAAGCGGCGGAGGAAAGUCACUUAUGUUCAACGGUCAUGUCGACACCGUUAGCAACUCAAGCUAUGAGCAAGGUGUAAACCCCCUUUCAGGAGUCAUCGCCAUGAAAAAUGAACAACAGGCUGUAUUUGGGCGAGGAAGUUUGGACAUGAAAGGUGGUCUGGCAGCGGCACUUGCAGCAAUGGCAACAAUCAAAGCAGGGAAGCAUGAGAAGCUUCCCCGAGGAGACAUCAUUGUGGCUGCUGUAUCUGACGAAGAGGAUGCGUCACAGGGUACUCAAGACAUUAUAGCUGCUGGAUGGCGUGCCGAUGCCGCGGUAAUCCCCGAGCCAACCAUGCAAAGUAUUAUCACUGCGCAUAAGGGGUUCGUGUGGAUUGAAGUUGAUAUUCUCGGAGUUGCUGCUCAUGGCUCUGAUCCUGGAUCCGGUGAAGACGCCAUCAUGAACGCUGGAUGGUUCCUUCGAGCUCUCGAGGAGUACCAGCAAAGCUUACCUGAAGAUGAUCUCCUUGGCCGAGCAUCCUUGCACUGUGGUCUCAUUCGAGGAGGUGAAGAGCCGUCUUCUUACCCUGGAAAGUGCACCAUCACAGUUGAGUUCCGCACUAUUCCUACUCAGACCGAGGCGUCUAUCAUGAAGGAUGUUCAAACCAUUCUUUGCAAAGUUUUGGAAGAAAAUCCUCGUUUCAAGUACAGAACGCCUCGUAUCACUAUAUCACGUCCGACAACGAAGCUUUCCAGAGAUCACCCUCUGGUAAAGAAAGCAGUCGCUUCUUCUACCCCAAUUUUGGGAAAGGCACCAGAACUUGGAACUGUGCCCUUCUGGUGCGAUGCAGCUUUACUAGCCGAAGUGGGGGUUCCAUCCAUUGUCUUCGGUCCUUCGGGUGAAGGCUUGCAUAGCAAAGAAGAAUGGGUUACUGUAGAGAGUCUACAGCAGAUGGAAAAGAUAUUUGUCAACUUGGUUAAGGAUUUCUGUAAUUAG